AUGAUUGCGAGUUGGUUCGCCAUCGUCACAGCUGUCACUCUGGUCAUGGGCCCCUUCGCCUUCUUGCUCCUGGCUACCACUUUCCCUGUCGUGUUGGGCGAUGGCAGACAACCAAGUCGUUCUGCGUCGUUCGAUAAUUUCGUCCAGGCGAGAACAACCAAUGGGAAAUGUGGAGGCGAUGCAGUACUCGCAGAUGGACAAACGGUUAGAAUUGAAGGAGGUCGCAGGUUUUGGAAAAAUAGAAUGUGUACGUGGUCAGUGUCGAGUACAGAUCCUGGCACAAACUUCGAAGUCCGGUGUCCAGUUUUCGACCUUCCUUGGAGCGAGGGAUGCAAAAGGUCCAGGCUGAUGGUUGGAGAUGCCACAGGAAACUCUGACACACUAUGCGGUCGCGGAGGAAAGCAUCUAAUCCUGAAAUCCAACAGAAUGUGGGUUUCCUACCUUCAUCGCAAGAGAGGGAAGGCCAAAGGAUUCCAAUGCACGGUAACAGCUGUACGAGGCAACAAAAUAGCAGCCUUGACUCAGGGUGCUGUUGCCCCAAAGCUGCUAGCAUUAGCAGAUGAACAGCUAAAGAGAAAAGCGGCAGAUUUCCGUUCUGAACCCUCACCAUGGACAACGUGUGAGUGUGGCAUCCGCGGGAAUGGCAGCCUUGAGUAUCCUUGGUUAGCAAGCGUCAAGUUAAAUUAUGAUGAUUACAAUGACACUUCUGGCUUUGGGGUGACCACCCUCUAUUCCUACUGCAGCGCAGCGGUCAUCAAUAGCAGGUACCUUCUUACGGCAGCCAAAUGUGUGACCGAUGAGGACGGAUUGGCUAUCGCAGCGGAAGCUUUGGAAGUCGGUUUGGGGAAUUAUGACGUGCCAAUUGAUGGCCUUGUUGGCACUGAGCAGGUGUACCAAGUAGAGGAAGUUAUCAUUCACCCCAAUUACUCAGACCUGCAAGUGGACAUCGCCCUCCUCAAGAUUCCUGAGGAACUGAACAUUACAAAGUACACACCGGUCUGUCUGGUUAGCGAUCCAAAUGAAAAUCUCACAAGCAAGACCGGCCUUAUGAUUGGACUGGACUACCUGACAGGGCUCUGGGAUCAGGAAGUACCUAUUGUCAGUUCUACAGAAUGUGAAGAUCCAGAGAAGCUUUGCGCUAGAUUUCCCGGUAACGGAAUGUCCAUCUGCCUUGGGGACAUGGGUGGUCCAUUGCAUAUUAAGAGAGAGACGAAGUUCUUCCAGGCGGGCAUUGCCGUCUAUGGAUAUGACUGUGAGUUGGUUGGCACGGAAAGGUCCUUUACCAAUGUUGCUCUCUAUUACCACUGGAUCAUCAGUAACACCGCCGAUGCUUUGUCCUGUGAGGAAAGCACGCUCCUGUGAUGUAGGUACAAGAGAGGUGCAGGGAGAUGCAGACUUAUUAUAAUUACGACAGAAACACAUCGGAAUAUAAAUAAAUUGAUUUGGAUAUGAAGGACUUGAAGAGAUGCCAUGAAACUGCUGUUUCCAUAUGUUGUGAUUUCUCCAGAACUCGUACUACAAACCGGUGGACGAUUAUCCUAUGAUAAUUAAACUUUUAAAUCUAUAUGUUUAGAGUUUUA